AUGGCGCAUCCAAUGUCCCUCCGAGACCGACAGGUCGCCUCCAUUCAAAAACUCUUGAAUCUAAACCAUGAUCCUCGCCCUGCAGAGGACUCUCAUGAUCCCUCUGGCCAUGGCGGCCUCAUCUCCCACUCCACCCCGAUCUUGAAUGAGGAUGGCGAUCCGAUCUGGAAGGUCCUGGUCUUCGAUGCCAUGGGUCGUGAUGUUAUCAGCAGUGUCUUACGAGUCAAUGAUCUCCGAGCGUGGGGAAUUACUAUUCACCUGAGCAUCAAUUCUCAAAGAUAUCCCAUUCCUGACGUCCCCGUCGUGUAUCUGGUCGAGCCAACCGAAGCGAAUAUUCAAGCGAUUUCCCGCGAUCUGUCCCACGGCCUUUACUCCCCCGCCUACGUCAACUUUCUAUCCUCCGUUCCUCGGCCCCUCCUCGAAGACUUUGCUACGCAAAUAGCUGCAUCCGGUGCCUCGGAGCAUGUGUCCCAAGUCUUUGAUCAGUAUCUCAACUUCAUUGUCGCAGAGCCUGAUCUAUUUUCCUUGGGCAUGGGCAAUGACGCAUACUACAAGAUCAACAGCGGAAAGACGACUGAUGAGGAUCUGGAUGCGAUCGUAGACAAGGUGGUCAGCGGCCUCUUUAGCGUCAGCGUGACCAUGGGUUCAAUUCCUAUUAUUCGAUGCCCCAAAGGUGGUGCGGCAGAGCUAAUCGCCACGAAGCUUGACAGAAAACUCCGCGAUCACAUUCUCAACUCCAAAGACAACCUCUUCUCCGGUAACCAACGAGCCUUACCAGGAGUACCUUCGACGCGUCCCGUAUUGAUCAUUAUGGACCGAAACGUCGAUUUGGUGCCUAUGCUCUCACACUCCUGGACAUACCAGUCUCUGGUGCAAGAUGUGCUGCAAAUGCGGUUGAACCGGAUUACAUUGGAUGCCGACGAGCAGGGCUCAGGCAAGAGCGGGAAGAAGGCAUAUGACCUGAAUAGCAAUGACUUCUUCUGGCAGCGGAAUGCCGGUGCACCAUUCCCUCAGGUCGCUGAAGACAUCGAUGCCGAGUUGACACGGUACAAGGAAGAUGCAAACGAAAUCACGAAGAAGACCGGUGCUUCUUCUAUUGAGGAUCUUCAGAAUGAUACCAGUGCCUCUGCACAGCACCUUAAGGCCGCUAUUACGCUGCUCCCAGAGCUGCGAGAGCGUAAAGCUGUACUCGAUAUGCAUAUGAACAUCGCUACUGCCUUGCUGAAGGGUAUCAAAGACCGACAACUGGAUAAUUUCUUCGAGAUCGAGGAGAAUAUCACAAAACAGACCAAGACGCAGCUUUUGGAAGUGAUCAAUGACCCAGCUAAGGGCAGCAACCCGACAGACAAGCUGCGCAUUUUCAUUAUCUGGUUCCUCAGCACCGAGAUCGAGCUAAACCGUACAGAGAUGACUCAAUUCGAAGAGGCUCUCACUAACGCCGGUGUUCCCGACAUUACGCCUCUCGCAUACGUCCGACAAGUACGCGAAAUUACCCGCAUGACCAUGAUGACAACGGCCGCUCCAGAGCAGCAAUCCUCUGAUAUCUUCCGUGGCUUCUCAUCACUCUCUAACCGCCUCACAGACCGCAUCACAUCUGGUGCGCUCGGUGCCAACUUUGAUUCCCUCAUCUCCGGCGUGAAGAACUUCCUUCCCGCAAACAAAGACCUCACCGUGACUAAGAUCACCGAGUCUAUCAUGGAUCCAGCCGCAGCGUCAAGCUCCGCUAUCACGAAGACCGAAAACUACCUCUACUUUGACCCACGCAGCGCCAACGCUCGCGGCGCCAUGCCCCCUGCCUCGGCUUCACGAAACCAACAGAUGCCUGGUGCAAUGGGUGUAUCCGGCCCAGGGACCGGCGCCACCUUCGGUCAACGCCGCCAGGCCUUCAAUGAAGCUAUUGUCUUCACUGUCGGUGGUGGCAGUAUGGAUGAAUACGGCAAUUUGCAGGACUGGGUGAAGCGGACGAGCGGUCAACAGGCCGACGGUGCAACUGCCGGUACUCGUGCGCCUGUGGCCCGACGGAGGGUCGUCUACGGAAGCACAGACUUGAUGAAUGCGAAUGAAUUCUUGAAAGACUCGCUGACGCCAUUGGGACAGGAGAGUUAA